AUGCGUUAUAUAUUUGUGACGGCGAUAUUUAGCGUUGUUUUCGCUUACGAGAAAGACAUGACGUUCACCGUUUCUGCCGGCAAUACGGAGUGUUUCUAUCAUAAAGUGUUACCUAAUGAAAUAAUCGACAUUGAAUACCAGGUAAUAGACGCGUCGCACGGUGAGCUGGACAUAUCCUUCCAACUGGCCGACCCCGUUGGAAGGGUGAUAGUAGCCGACUACAAGAAACAGGACAACGCGCACCGGCACACCGCCGCCCUGAACGGCGACUACAGGUUCUGCUUCGACAACAGCUUCAGCACAUUCAGCCAGAAGACGGUGUUCUUCGAUCUGAUGGUAGAAACGGAAGACUCCCCGUAUAAUGAUUACGACGACGACAAGGAGAUGGAAAUGGGCAACGCGGCGGAGACGUACAUGAUGAGGGUCAAGGACAUAUCGGAGUCCGUCUCGAGGGUGAAGGAGCACGUGUCGGCGGCCAAGAGGCUCCAGGAUCUGCUCUCCGCCCACGAGGCCAGGGACAGGAACCUGGCCGAGGACAUGUGCGCCAGGGUGCUGCAGUGGUCCCUUUGGCAGAUAGCCGUGAUGCUACUGGUCGGCAUCACGCAGGUGUUCUUCGUCAAGAGUUUGUUCGAGGAGCCCAGUAGCAGAAGCGUCAAGAAACUCAUCCCAAACUUCCUCUCCCAA